GCUAGAUAUCUAGAUCAUACCAAGAUGGCAGCCCCCUGCAAAAUUUGAAAACAAAAGGCUUUUAAAAUCAUGAAAAAAGAUACAAAGCCUGAACUAGCUCGACUAUUUAAAGUUUCUCAUCAAAUUCUCUGCAUCAAUGGGAUCAAUUUUGAUAACAAGUCAUUGGUGGGCUAUGUAGAACUAACUGUUUGGCCAACAGUGCCAGACUUGACAGAAAUAAGAAUUAACAGUAAACAAUGCAUUAUUUAUCGUGUGAGCAUUGAUAAAAAAUGGGAUGCAGAGUUUACAUACUUUGAUCCAACUCUUAACAUUUGUCAGGGGAACCCCAUCAAACGUAACAUUGACUACUUUCAAAAAUGUCAGAAGAAUGCAUUGAACGCAGUUGACCCUGACCUAGGAAAUGGAGAGCUUAUCAUCACAUUCCCAAAGGAGAUUUUAUCUACUGUUUCAGUUUUGGGCAGCUUCCAAGUUUGUGUUGAGUUUGGCUUGAAGGAUGCGCAGGGUGGUGUGCACUUUGUUGUACCCGACAUGCCUGGGACUGUGGCAGAGAGGGGCUCUCACAUGUUCACAUACUCUGUGGAAAACUUUGCCAGGCUGUGGUUUCCAUGUGUGGAUUCCUGCUCGGAGCCGUGCACUUGGAAGAUUGAGGUUACGGUAGAUCGUGACAUGACAGCUAUUUCUUGUGGAGAUCUAGUUAGUGUGGAGUUUACAGAAGACAUGUUGGAGAAGACAUAUCACUACUUCCUAUCUACACCUGUUGCUGCACCCAAUAUUGCUCUUGCUGUAGGCCCAUUUGAGAUUCUAGUUGACCCCAAGAUGCAUGAGGUGACCCACUUUUGUUUGCCCAAAUUGAUGCCAGUUCUCAAACACACAACCAGUUACAUCCACCAGGCAUUUGAGUUUUAUGAGGAGUUGAUGUCCAGCCGCUAUCCUUACUCAUACUACAAACAGGUCUUUGUUGACCAAGCUUAUUGUGAGGUUGCUACCUACUCUACCAUGAGUAUACUAAGUACCAAUUUGCUCCACCCCCCCAACAUCAUUGACCAGACCAUGGCCUCCAGACAGCUGAUGGCCACAGCAGUGGCCCAGCAGUUCUUUGGGAGCUUUAUUGCCAUGGAGUCAUGGACGGACGCAUGGCUGACCAAAGGUAUCACAGGAUACCUGUCCUACCUCUUUAGUAAAAGGACAUUUGGCAACAAUGAGUACAGGAACUGGGUCAUGAGGGAUCUGUUAGAAGUCAGUGAGUAUGAGCAGAAUGUAGGCUAUGUCAUCCUGGACCCUACCAAGCGUGAUGGCAAUCAUCCUUUCUCUGUACACUCACCCCACACCCUCUCCCCCCGCUACAGUGAAAUCUUCUGUAAAAAAGCCAGGCUGGUUGUCAGAAUGUUGGAGAUAAAAAUUGGGACGGAGCUUUUGUUACAGGUUUUGAACAAACUUUUGUCUCUGGCCUACAAUGCAAGUCAACAAACUUUUGGGUUGACCAGUUGGACCAACAUGCUGCUAUCUACUUCAUCGUUUUUAAAGAUUAUCUUCACUGUAACCGGCAAGGACAUUGAGCCUUUCAUUGACAUCUGGGUAUACCAAGGGGGAUGUGCCAGAUUCACGGGGAAUUUUGUUUUCAACAGAAAGAGAAAUGUGGUGGAGCUUGACAUUAGACAGGAUUUAAAUGCGCCAGGAGCUUUAAAAUAUGUGGGAACAUUAAAUGUGACAAUUCAAGAGCUAGAUGGAUCAUUUAAUCACCAGUUUAAAAUAGAAGAAAAUAAAACAAAGUUUGAGAUCACUUGUCACUCCAAAAGUAGAAGGAACAAGAGAAAAAAGAUUCCAUUGAUGACUGGGGAGGAGGUGGACAUGGAUUUAUCAGCCAUGGAUGCUGACUCUCCUGUUCUGUGGCUGCGCUUGGACCCAGACAUGCACCUGUUGAGGACAGUCAACUUUGAGCAGCCAGACUACAUGUGGCAGUAUCAGCUUAGGUUUGAGAGAUGUAUUGUGGCACAAUUUGAGGCAAUUGAUGCUUUAGGCAAGUUCCCAACACCAGCUUCAAGGGCUGCCCUGACAGACACCAUAGAGAACGAGGAGUGCUACUACAGGGUCAGACAAGAUGCCUGCUACUGCCUAGCAAAGAUUGCUAAUUUGAUGAUCGGAACAUGGACUGGCCCACCUGCAAUGAUUGCAAUCUUCCGCAAGAUGUUUGGGUCUCAUUCUUGUCCUUUCAUUGUCCGACAGAACAAUUUCUCCAACUUUCAACAUUAUUAUUUGCUAAAGACCAUGCCCCAGGCCAUGGCUAGACUGAGAGACACACACAACUUGUGUCUGGCUGAGAUCACCAAGUUCCUACUGGACCUUUUCAAAUACAAUGACAACUCUAGAAACAAGUGGUCUGACAACUAUUACCGUGCCGCCCUAGUGGAAGCUCUGUCUGCAAGCAUCACACCUGCUGUCACCAAUGUCUCACUCAUCACAGGGCAAGUUGUGACAUCAGACACAUUGUCAACAGAAACCAAGCAAGUCCUGGAGGAGGUGGUGCGGUGCUUAAAUCUAGAGAAACUCAUGCCCUGCUACAGAUACACGGUCACUGUCAGCUGCCUGUACACUAUCAGGACCCUUCAGAAGCUGGGUCACCUGCCAAUAGACUCAGAUGUUUUCAAAGAUUAUGCCCAGCCCGGAAUAUUCCGUGAUGUCAGGGUGGCAGCCAUCACAUGUCUGGUAGAUUUUAUACGAGGGGAUCUGACUGGUGACCACCUCAGGUGGGUCUUGGAUUUUAUUUUGAAUGAAAAAGAUCCAUACCUCAGGCACCAUACAGUGACAUGCCUGACCCAGAAUCCACCAUUCAGGCGCUCGGAAAGAUCUGCCCUCAACAUAGAACCUUUAGUGGAGAAACUAUGGGAUAUGAUGUGCCACGUGUCGUCAGACAGCCGGCUCAGAUGUGGAUUAGCUGACCUGUACUUUACGCUCUACGGGCGUCAGAGACCUACCUGCUUGCCCAUACCUGAGAAUGUUAAACAAACGGAGAGAGAAAAGAAAUCAGAGGUGCCAAGUGAUGAUUUGAGUGUCUCUCUAACUCCACACAGUAGCAUCGCUGUCUGGAACCCAGAAUUGUCUAGCAUAUUUGCCUCCCCUGUCCAUGACAUGGCUGACAUUAUUCCCCCAUCUAUUGUUCAAGUCAAUUUGGAUGGUGUUGAUGAUAACUUGGAUCAGACGCCAGUAGACUUGAGCAUGAUCUCAGGAGAACAGACUGUCGCCCUGGAAGAGUCCGUGGUCACUGAGCCGCUCCAUCCACACCUUCAGCCUUCAGAACUCACGAUGAAACUAGAACUAGAACAACUAGAAGCUGCUCCAGUCCAUGUGGACUUAUCUCAGCCAAACAGUGUCAGUGGUUUAAGUGAAGAAUCUCUAUCACCAUGUCACUCUGUCAAAGGUCAUCCGGAUGAUGUCAUCAUUUCUUUGGAUAAUGUCAUCAAAAGAGAUCCCACUGGGUUGACCUCAUCCAACCAGAUGGAAGACCCACAAGACUUAUCUCCCUGCCCAGCCCCUGAUGGGUCGUCUCCCCUGAUGGAGCCUAAGAGCUCCCCUGGCUACAUGGUAGAAGAGGAGAAGCCAGAGGUUAAAGUUCAGCCCCUGGAAUUCUACCAACCCCAGCAGUGGCCUGUUGUCAAGGAGGAAGUUGUUGUCAAACCUGACUCUCCGUUCUCUGUCCAUUCCUCCAGACCAACCACCCCCCAGUCCCCUAUUCCCACAACCCCUCAUUCUCACCCUCCUACCACACCCCAGUCCCCACCCCCCACCACUCCUCAGUCCCCACCCCCCACCACUCCUCAGUCUCCAACCCCUACCACCCCCCAGUCCCCACCCCCAACCACCCCGCCACAAACUCGCACCCGUUCCCCUCCCUUGGUCUGGCACAGUCUAGACUUGAAGCCUGAGUUCAAAUAUGAGCCCUCUCCCUCCCCUCCCACUUUGGGAAUGAAGCCGGAGUUCAAAUAUGAGCCCUCUCCCUCCCCUCCCACUUUGGGAAUGUCACCCCCACUUUGUGUGCUGUCCCCUGGAGCCCAGUCCCACCCCACCAUGCCAGUGUUACAGCUCACUGAUGUCAGCAGCCCACCCCAUUCAUUCAAGAGAAAACUGAGUGGCGCCACCAGCAUGGAAGGCCCAGAGAGCAAGAAAAUCCCUCCACUGAUUGUCUCCACCUCCAUGGUACCGUCCAGCUCCGCCCACUCCAGCUCCGCCCACUCCAGCCUAACUGAACCACCAAAGCCAAGUCUCAAGACUAUAUUUAAUCUUAGUGCUGCAGUUGCUGCCAGUGAAGCCAGGGACAGAGAGAGAGCUCACCACAAAUCCAAGAAGAAGAAAAAGAAAAAUAAACACAAGCAUAAACAUAAGCACAAGCAUGAGAAAGAACACAAGGACAGGGGAGGUAAAGAACACAAGGACAGGGGAGGUAAAGAACACAAGGACAGGGGAGGUAACAAAGACAAGCACAGAGAGAGGCUUGUGCUGGAUCUGUCAGAAAUAGCCAGAGGAAGUCGUGAGUCAUCUGCGUCUAUUGUUGUGGAUGAUGUGGAAGAAAACUCCUCGGAAUAAAUGUGUGCUUGUGUUUUUCAAAAGUACAAUGUAUGCUUAAAAAACAUUUUGUUAAAUAUGUUAUUAAACUCAUGAA